UGAUUUUUCGCUUUUGCGCAUAAAACCAACAGUGUUUUUAUCUGAUUUGUUACUCCGUUCCAAACCGAACUUGUUUGCUCUUUCUACGAUUUAAAUCAAACCACAAAAACAAGAUUGACAACAAAAAUGUUUAACCAACCGAACACGUUGGGUAUCUUUGGUACAACAACGACGACUCCAAGCAGUGCAAACCCCAUGAAAGAUUUCGAAGUUACUUCGCCCCCCGACGAUUCCGUUAGUUGUUUGGAGUUUUCUCCAUCAACAAUUCCGCAAAAUUUUCUAAUAGCCGGAAGUUGGGAUAACAAUGUACGUUGUUGGGAAGUUGAGCAAAGUGGAAAAACAGUUCCAAAAUCAAUGCAGACAUGUGGAGAUCCGGUUUUAGAUGUUUGUUGGAGUGAUGAUGGGACAAAAGUAUUUAUGGCUGGUUGUGACAAACAAGCUAAAGUAUGGGAUUUAGCAAGUAAUCAAACCAUGCAAGUAGCAGCUCAUGAUGCUCCAAUCAAAACAUGCCAUUGGAUUAAAGGUUCAAAUUAUUCCUGUUUAAUGACCGGGUCAUGGGAUAAAACAUUAAAAUUUUGGGAUACUCGCAGUCCAUCUCCAAUUAUGAGUAUUACCCUUCCAGAACGUUGUUAUUGUGCUGAUAUUGAUUAUCCUAUGGCAGUUGUUGGGACUGCUGGUCGUCAAAUAAUUGUAUAUCAACUUGAAGGGAAACCUCAAGAGUACAAAAGACUAGAGAGUCCAUUAAAAUAUCAACAUAGAUGUGUUGCAAUCUUUAGGGAUAAGAAAAAAGUUCCAACUGGUUAUGCUUUAGGGUCCGUAGAAGGACGAGUAGCAAUCCAAUAUGUAAAUCCAUCAAAUCCAAAAGAUAACUUCACAUUUAAAUGCCAUCGAUCAAAUGCAACUCCAACUGGUUAUCAAGAUAUUUAUGCAGUUAAUGAUAUUGCAUUUCACCCUGUUCAUGGUACAUUAGCCACUGUUGGUUCAGAUGGAUCAUUUAGCUUUUGGGAUAAAGAUGCAAGGACAAAAUUAAAACCAUCAGAAUUGAUGGAACAAUCGAUUACUCGGUGUGCUUUUAACCACAAUGGGCAAAUUUUUGCUUAUUCUGUGAGUUAUGACUGGAGUAAAGGCCAUGAAUAUUAUAACCCAUUGAAGAAAAAUUAUAUCUUCUUACGAUCCUGUUAUGAUGAAUUAAAACCAAGAACAUCAUCAUAAACAAAAUCUUCUCUAUCAUCUUAAAUAAAUCAUUUGUAUUUCUAUUCUUAACUAGAUAUUGCAUACAAUUUUUAUAGAAAUAAGGUAU